AUGGCUCAAGAAUCGGGUUCGGAGGAUAUGUUCACGAGGCGAAAUCCAUCUCAGCGUCAAAUCAAACGUAGACAAGCGGAAGAUCUCCUUUUAGACGAUUUUGAGGAUGAAAGCGACGAUGAUUAUGUUUUUGAAGGAGAUGUUGAUGAAGCUAGUGACGAAUCUGGGAGUGAAAGUGAUGAUGACGAGUCAUCUGAAUCUGAUUCUAAUAGCUCAGUCGAAAUUGUUGGCAUAAGUCAUAAUUCGGAAACAGUUCUUGCUGAUUCUGCUCCUGACGGCCUUAUAGCUGUUCCCUCAGAGGCUUAUCCCGUAUCUGAUAAAAUUGAUACGCCAUUUAAGCCGAAACUGCCUCCAAGGAUUUGCAUGAUCUGUUUAGGUGAUGAAAGCAAUGCUUCUGACGAACUAAUUGAAUGUGAUGCUUGCAAAGUUGUUGUACAUGAGGAAUGUCACAAGGUGUAUGAAAAUGUCUUUCUCUCCAGUAGUGCAAGCUCUUCUGAAACCGAUCCAUGGUUUUGUGAGCCCUGUUUGGCUGGCGUUGAAAAUCCUAUAUGUGAACUCUGUCCGAAUUUGGAUGGUGUGUUUAAAAGGACAGAUAAUAACCGCUGGGUCCACAUUCUUUGUGCGCUCUACACUCGUGGUGUAAAAUUUGAUUAUCUGGAUAGUCUUCAAGAUGUUACGCUCACGGAAUUACCCUAUCAACAAUGGUCAUCUAAGGAAUGUUCUCUCUGUCAAGAUAAAUUUUUCGCCUGGACGGGUGUUUGCAUUGAUUGUGACGCUGGUCUUUGCAAAAGCCAUUUCCAUGCUACAUGUGCUCAGCGUGAAGGUCUCAUUUCUGAGCCAUUAUUAGAAGAUAGCGCAGUGGAUCCCUACUUCGCUCACUGCAAGCAGCAUACUGAAAAGGAGGUUAUUAAAGCACGUCGUCGAAACUACCUUUCUGCAUUUAAUCGAUGCCAAAUGAUGCGUCAAAUGAUGAUGGAGGAGAAGCAGAAGAAGGAUCCCUACGCGAUGGACUUGGUGGAAGACUUCACCACUCUCCCCUCGUCGUCCUCGAAUGAAGUGAAGAGCCGAUUUAACCUUCUGGACGGUAGACUAAAGAGAAAGCUGGAGUACUUCCGUGAUCUCUACAAUAGGUCCCUUAGAAAUCGGGAGAAGCCUUAUACGCGACCCACCAAAGUGCCCUUCUAUAUGGAAAACUCUCCCUUGGCCAUGCGCGCUUUCGUAGGCAAAUCACUUGCACUUAAUCUACCCCUUCAACUCACUGGAAGCUCAGCUCUAACGGAAGCAACUAAAACCCUCGCUCCCGGUUGUCCCGUCUUCUGUUCUGACUUUGUCAACUACGUUCUAGACCGUGAAAAAAAGAUUGAUGAGUUCUCAAAGUGCUUAAUCACCCUCGAGAAAACUAGAACGACACUGCAAGUUUUGGAGGCUAAGGUUUCGUCGACCUAUAAUACUCUUUCUACUAAGCUAUCGGAUAUAAAUGCCAAGAGAAAUUAUCUGCGCGACAAUGCUCGGUCUGUUUUGAACCACCUUGCGAAUCUGUUGCCGGGCCUUCAAGCAACAGGUGAAUUAGCAGCAUUCGUGGCCCCUCCAAAGGCCACCACAACAGUUGUUAUUAAUGACUCGGGUGAAAUGUCAGCUGAUUCUAAUCCCGAUGGUGCUGGUGACGCAGCUACCACGACCUCAACGUCAAUAACAACAUCCCGUGGUAGAAAGGUCCGUUCCUCAGCGGUUAAUGCGAAUGUUGCCGUUUUGGCCACAACCAGAUCCUCACGUCAAUCGCGUAAGCGACCGCGAAAGAGCCAACCUGGUUCUGGUUGUACUUCAGCGAGCAAACGCCCUAAGCAAACAAGCGCUGGUGACUCGGAUGUGAUUGUCCUCUCUGAGGACGAUCAUCAUCAGCAUGUAGUCCCUACUGAAGAAGCUACAGUCAUCCGCGUUGAGAAUAUUCUUCAUCAUUGUAGCAUAUGUGGCGAGCAACGUGAUCAGCACUUGCUGGCAAUCUGUGACACUUGCAAGCAUGCUUUUCACAUUGCUUGUCUUGACCCUCCCCUUGCCCGAGUUCCCAAACCCAGCAAACUCUUCGCUUGGCAAUGCAGUGCUUGCACCCUAGCAAUGGUUACUCCCAAUGAAACGGUGACUGUAGAUAUUAAUGCCCCCAGACAACUACGCAGAAACAAUCCUACAGCAGCUAAUUCAUCAUCUCAAGCCUCCUCUCGUGCGACACCCUUGAAAAACCUCUCAUUGUCAUCACAAGGUAACACUUCGUCACCAAUUACCAUGAAUCUCUCCACUCCUUCUCCCGCUAAAUCUCAUGGUGAUUCAGGGGUCAAACGACGUUUUAAUAAUACGUCAAUAGCUGCAACACGAUGUCGGGGUGGAACUCGUCGUGGUAGGUCAGGAAGACGUCCUAAAGUUGUCAAGGCUGAAGCCUACGACACAGUGGAACGACCUAAGGAAGUCAUUCCAUCAGAAGCUUAUCCUGUCACAGAGAUGAAGCCGGGUACAGGCAGACCUAUCUCCAUCUCGUCCGUUGACUAUGAAGAUGCCGGGCGACAUGAGAUUGAAAGCUCUGGAGAAAGCGAACACGACUCAGAAGUCAAGGUGAAGCAGUCAGCGGUCAAAACUGAGAAGGUGGAGGAAGAUAAUGAUGAUUUGUCUGAAAUGAGAAGCUCAAGAGUUAAGUUCGUUCGAAUAAAAGGCCACGAAAGUCCGAACCAAGGCUUUUCCGAUCAGGGCGCGCAGCAGCCUCCUCAGCACUACGUCAUCUGCUCAUCUCAGGAGGCUACCCCUAAGGUGCGUUUCAUUUAUGGUGUCUUCUCUCCACUCAUAUAUGCUCUCCCUCUCCUCUUCUCCUUCUUCUAG